AUGGCUCGUACCAAUCUCCGUUACGGACCCAACAAGGGACACCCCACCACCCCCAUCCCCAAGGCCGUGCGCCCCAGCCAGCGCAAGGGAGUGCAAUCGACCAAGACCAAAUUCGUGCGGUCUGUGAUCAGAGAGGUUGCUGGAUUCUCCGCGUACGAGCGCCGAGUCAUGGAGCUGUUGAGGAACUCGAAGGACAAAAAGGCGAGGAAGCUGACCAAGAAGAGGCUCGGCACACUCCUGCGCUCGAAACGCAAGCUGGAAGAGCUCUCGAGCAUCAUCCAGGAAAGCAGGCGGGCGCACUGA